UUUAUGAUUUAGAUUUUGACGAAAAAUUCGGGAUUAAAGAUUAAAAAAUGCCGCCCAGUGCUUCAAAAAUGAAGCAGCAGCAGUGGCAGAAGAUGUUCGACCUUUAACUCCGUGGCAAACUGUAUAUAAACGCGUGAACUGCACCUUUUUUCGUCCUAUUUUCUUACCAUAAGUAUUCAAUUCAAUGCUUCAUCCUCAUCUAUUUUCUAUUGCAUUCGUACCUCGCUUUGUUUUCGCUAUUGCUGUUGUUGCUGUUGCUGUGUCUCUUGAGUAUUGUCUCAAUUGAGUUGGUGCUGAAUCCGAGCUUAUUUAGGCACGUUUAUUUUAGCUGGUGUGAAAUCAUUUCAACAUUAUCUGGAAGAAGACUUUCAGAUUUUUAGUCAAAUUUAAUACUUAAAGAUGGGGUUAUAUGAGCAUCCAGAUGUUGUGCAGUGGGGUAUUAAUCUUUUCAGUGACCCUGCUUAUAGUCCUGGAUACUACAGUGACAUAAUUCAACAUGAUACCGGUGAUGUCUAUAAUGGACACUACUACCAUAACCAUUAUGAUACUGAAAGUAACCAAAUACAAAAUGAUGAGAUCAUUGCACGGGCUCUUCAAGAAGAAUUUUCCCGGCUAGAUAUUGCUGAGUGUUCAGGAUAUUCACAGACAGAUGAAGAACAGUUCCAUGCUUCUGAGCCUACAUAUGAUUGGAAUAAUACAUCGAUGAUGAACUAUUGUUCAGGUCAUGAUUAUGCUUACAACGGAGUUGGUGACAUAGAACCUUCUAGUUCUUCAUGUUGCAGUCCCUGUGAGCCAGAGGAAAGCUCAUUGGAGCUUACAGACAACUAUCCACUUGACGAUGAAAUAGGGAGGAGAUUGAGCCAGAUGGUUCCGACUCCUCAUGUUCCAAAAAUCAAUGGAGAAAUUCCUUCUAUAGAUGAAGCCUCUUCAGAUCAUCAAAGGCUUCUGGAUAGAUUGCAGUUAUAUGACUUUGUGGAGCAUAUGGUACAAGGUGAUGGUAAUUGUCAGUUUCGUGCGUUGUCUGAUCAAUUGUAUAACACACCUGAUCACCACAAAUAUGUGAGACGACAAGUUGUGAACCAGCUGAAGUCUCAUCCAGAGAUUUAUGAGGGAUAUGUUCCCAUGGAAUAUGACGAAUAUUUGGAGAAGAUGUCUAAGAGUGGUGAAUGGGGGGAUCAUGUCACCCUUCAAGCAGCUGCAGAUUCGUAUGGUGUGAGAAUAUUUGUGAUAACUUCUUUCAAGGACACCUGUUGCAUAGAGAUACUUCCUCAUUUUGAGAAGCCAAAAGGAGUGAUUUUCCUUAGUUUUUGGGCAGAGGUGCAUUACAACUCCAUCUAUCCUCAAGGAGAUAUACCUUCAAGUGAGUCAAGAAAGAAGAAAAAGUGGUGGAGCUUUGGGACUAAGCAUUAAUAGUGUGGCUGACAUAUAACCUGAACAUGUAUCCAAAAAUUUGGUGCCUCUGCAUUUUGGACUGUGUAUCAAAAUUCAUCCAAGAGUCAGCCAACAGCCAAUAAGGAUGCCUUCAACUUAGCAGGGAUACCAAACCUUUGGGGUGCUAUAGAAUAGCCCUUAAUUUUUAUAUUCCCAUUUCUUUUAUUUUUGUAUGAAUGAUUUGAUUUUCCUUUUUAUCAAUUACAAAUAGCUACAUCCCAAUGACAUUUUAUACAUAAAGGGUUUAAGUAUAACAAUUUAUCUAGUUUGUUUCUUGAUUCACCAGG